GCAGGAGGGACUCAACUCGCGGAGGGCUGGGUUUAAAAAGACUGGGGGAAAAAGAAGACGGGAAGAAAAGCGAGGGGCGCUCUCCGAGAGACCCUCAUUUUCCUUAGAAUAAACAUCGCCCAGUUUGAAGAUCCCCGCUCGAGCCUUAUAUAGGAGGAGCAAGCCCUUUCGCUCCUUUCUCCAGUUCGCGGCUUGUUCUAAACUUCAGCAGGAGGUCGGCAGAAUCGGAAAUCGAGUAGCUCUCUUAAGGUUUCCCCUCCCCUUCCGCCCUCCCCUUAUGGAAAUCCAGGGGGGUUUCCCAGACUGUGGAAGCCAGAAUUGCAGGAGGUGGAGGGAAAUCAGUGGGACUGGUCUCUGUCCGUGAGCCGCCACGAUCGCGCAAGAGCCGUUGCUCUGGUCACUUGUCUGCCUGCACGCCGUUCCCCGAGGCCGCCGACUUGGAGCUGCGGCUGGGUGGAUUUGUCUGCUUGUCUCGAAAGAGCCCCUUCGGGUCUGCUCGUCUCGCGCUCCCGGGGCAACCGUAAAUCAGUUUUGGUUGAAGACGGUAUCCAGGGAACCCAUUUCUCUCUUUGGGAGAUGCCUGCUGGUUGUUGCUAAGGUUGCUUCCACAGUAACAUGUGCAUCUUGUUUACACCCUCAUCGGAAGAAGUUGAACUUGGCUAAUUCCACUAGUAUCACCUAGGAAGCAAGAGAAGGAAGUGCUGGAUCUGCAGUCUUACAAUCUUGCAUGAGACCCUUUUUCCUCCUCGAGGAGUUGUGUCUAACCCCCUACCAAACACUGGACUGCAUUUCAUGUGGAGCUCCAAAAGUUUCAUUGCCUGCUCUUGGUAGAGGAAAGAGAUCUAGAGGUAAAAAGGAACACACAAUUUUUUCUGGCCUGUUUCCUCACUGAACCUACUCCCUUGUUGUCAAGAUGACAAAUAACUCUGCGGAUCAUCAUCCUGGGAACUCUGUGGCAGAAGGCAGCUAUGAAGGGGACUUUGGCUGCUCCGUUAUGGACUUACGGAAUCUUAUGGAGCUUCGCAGUUCGGAAGCUGUGACCCGAAUAAAUGACACCUAUGGGGGAGUGCAUAAUAUUUGCAAGAGAUUGAAGACUUCACCAGUCGAAGGCUUGUCUGGGAACCCAGCAGAUCUAGAAAAAAGAAGACAAGCAUUUGGCCAGAAUUUCAUCCCACCUAAAAAGGCCAAAACCUUCCUGCAGUUAGUUUGGGAAGCAUUGCAGGAUGUCACAUUAAUCAUCUUGGAAAUUGCAGCCAUAAUUUCUCUGGGUCUCUCUUUCUAUCAUCCUCCUGAUGGUGACAAUGAAAUAUGUGGAGAAGCAAAGGGCAGCGCAGAAGAUGAAGGUGAAGCUCAGGCUGGCUGGAUUGAGGGAGCAGCCAUCCUCUUCUCAGUUAUUAUUGUGGUGUUGGUCACAGCUUUCAAUGACUGGAGCAAAGAGAAACAAUUCCGGGGUCUGCAGAGUCGCAUCGAGCAGGAGCAGAAAUUUACUGUCAUCCGUAAGGGACAGGUGAUCCAAAUUCCUGUAGCUGAGAUUGUGGUUGGGGACAUUGCUCAAAUCAAAUAUGGGGAUCUGUUGCCAGCAGAUGGCAUUUUGAUUCAAGGAAAUGAUUUGAAAAUUGAUGAGAGCUCUCUGACUGGGGAAUCUGACCAAGUGAAGAAAUCUUUGGAUAAAGACCCUAUGCUGCUUUCUGGCACUCAUGUAAUGGAGGGCUCUGGUCGAAUGGUGGUGACUGCUGUGGGUAUCAACUCACAGACUGGAAUAAUUUUUACUCUUUUGGGCGCCAGUGAAGGGGAUGAGGAGAAAAAAGCCAAGAAAGGUAAAAAAACCGGAGCCCCUGAAAAUCGCAACAAAGCCAAAACUCAGGAUGGAGUGGCCCUGGAGAUCCAACCACUGAAAAGCCAAGAAGGGGUGGAAAAUGAGGAGAAAGAGAAGAAAAAGGUGAAGGUCCCAAAGAAGGAGAAAUCAGUGUUGCAGGGAAAGCUUACCCGCCUGGCAGUUCAGAUUGGAAAAGCAGGAUUGAUUAUGUCAGCAAUCACAGUUAUUAUUUUGGUGCUAUAUUUUGUGAUCGACACUUUUGGGAUUCAAGGAAGAUCAUGGCUGGCUGAAUGUACUCCCAUUUAUAUCCAGUACUUUGUCAAGUUCUUCAUUAUUGGUGUCACUGUGCUAGUAGUAGCUGUUCCUGAAGGCCUGCCCCUGGCUGUCACUAUUUCUUUGGCCUACUCUGUGAAGAAAAUGAUGAAAGAUAACAAUCUGGUUCGGCAUCUGGAUGCUUGUGAGACAAUGGGAAAUGCCACCGCUAUUUGCUCAGAUAAGACUGGGACCCUUACCAUGAAUCGAAUGACUGUGGUGCAAGCUUAUGUGGGAGAUACCCACUACCGACAGAUUCCUGACCCAGAAGCUAUUCUUCCCAAAGUCCUGGACCUUAUUGUCAAUGGUGUUUCAAUAAAUUCAGCCUAUACCUCUAAAAUCUUGCCACCAGAGAAAGAAGGAGGACUGCCACGUCAAGUCGGAAAUAAGACAGAGUGUGGACUUUUGGGCUUUGUUCUGGACUUGAAGCAGGAUUAUCAAGCUGUCCGUAGUGAAGUGCCUGAAGAAAAGCUCUAUAAGGUCUACACCUUCAAUUCUGUCCGUAAAUCUAUGAGUACAGUGCUAAAAAACCAGGAUGGGAGUUUUCGCAUGUACAGCAAAGGAGCCUCUGAGAUCAUCCUACGCAAGUGCACAAAAAUUUUGGACAAAAAUGGGGAAACUCGAUUAUUUAAAGUGAAAGACCGGGAUGAGAUGGUGAAAAAAGUGAUUGAACCAAUGGCUUGUCAGGGGCUGCGCACUAUUUGUCUAGCUUACCGGGAUUUCCCUGGUGUUGUUGAACCUGACUGGGAUGCUGAAAAUGAGAUUUUGUCUGACCUUACUUGCAUCACUGUUGUUGGCAUUGAGGAUCCUGUUCGUCCAGAGGUACCUGAGGCCAUUCAGAAGUGCCAGCGUGCUGGUAUUACUGUCAGGAUGGUUACAGGUGAUAAUAUCAACACAGCACGUGCCAUUGCAACUAAGUGUGGGAUCUUGCUGCCUGGAGAGGACUUCCUAUGCUUGGAAGGAAAGGAAUUCAAUCGUCUCAUUCGCAAUGAGAAAGGAGAGGUGGAGCAAGAACAACUGGAUAAAAUCUGGCCUAAACUUCGAGUCUUGGCACGUUCUUCACCAACUGAUAAACACACCCUUGUGAAAGGAAUUAUUGACAGUACUGUUGGGGAACAGAGGCAGGUGGUAGCUGUAACUGGAGAUGGCACCAAUGAUGGCCCAGCCUUGAAGAAAGCAGAUGUUGGAUUUGCUAUGGGCAUUGCUGGCACAGAUGUGGCUAAGGAGGCUUCAGACAUCAUCCUGACAGAUGAUAAUUUUACAAGCAUUGUUAAGGCAGUAAUGUGGGGCCGCAAUGUAUAUGACAGCAUUUCCAAAUUCCUGCAGUUCCAGCUGACAGUCAAUGUAGUGGCUGUGAUUGUGGCUUUCACGGGUGCUUGCAUCACACAGGAUUCACCUCUGAAGGCUGUCCAAAUGUUGUGGGUGAACUUGAUCAUGGACACUUUUGCCUCAUUAGCUCUUGCCACAGAACCCCCUUCAGAGUCUUUGCUCCUGCGUAGGCCAUAUGGUCGCAACAAGCCACUAAUUUCCCGAACCAUGAUGAAGAACAUUCUGGGACAUGCCGUGUAUCAGCUCACCAUUAUUUUCACAUUACUUUUUGCAGGUGAAAUUUUUUUUGAUAUUGACAGUGGCCGGAAUGUUCCCCUCCACUCUCCACCCACUGAACAUUACACAAUUGUCUUCAACACUUUUGUCAUGAUGCAACUGUUCAAUGAAAUCAAUGCUCGCAAAAUUCAUGGGGAAAGAAACGUAUUUGAGGCCAUCUUCCGGAAUCCAAUCUUCUGUACAGUGGUGCUAGGAACCUUUGUUGCUCAGAUUAUUAUUGUGGAAUUUGGUGGUAAACCAUUUAGUUGCUCUGGACUUACCUUGAGUCAGUGGUUUUGGUGUAUUUUCAUUGGUGUAGGAGAGCUGCUUUGGGGACAGUUGAUCAGCACUAUUCCAACAAAUCAACUGAAAUUCCUGAAAGAGGCCGGUCAUGGGAUUACCAAAGAAGAUAUUGCAGAAGAAGAGUUGCCUGAAGGUCUAGAUGAAAUUGACCAUGCUGAAAUGGAGCUUCGACGUGGACAAAUCCUGUGGUUCCGUGGUCUAAACAGAAUACAGACUCAGAUGGACGUAGUUUACACAUUCCAGACCGGCGCCUCCUCUUUACAGGGAGCCCUCAGGAGACAGCCUUCCAUCGUGAGCCAACACCACGAUGUAAAAAAUGUUUCUAGCCCAACCCAUAUCAAGGUGGUGAAUGCGUUCCGUAGCUCCCUGUAUGAAGGCCUCCAGAAACCCGAAUCCAGAAGCUCCAUUCAUAACUUCAUGACUCAUCCAGAGUUCAUCCACGAGGAAGACGAGCCUCAGACCCCAUUCCUCGAUGGCACUGAUGAAGACUUGGAAGCUGAAGAACUUAAAAAGCAAAGUGAAGAGAGCCCAGGGGAGUCCUCAUCUCUCAACACAAAUAACAAUGCAAUGGACAGCAAUAUAGCUGAGGACACCAUGCCAGAGCCAGAAAGCCCUUUACACAGCUUGGAAACAUCAGUUUGAUCUCUGAACUUUGACCUUCCUGCUUCCCCUUUCUUUAGGCAACAAAGGCACCAACAUCUGACCACACACUGCAGCUACUUUGGCCAAUUUCCUCUGCAUCCUCUUUAUGAUUUCUUGGCUGCAGAAAUCAUGGUAUCACCUAGGUAGAGUUGUAUUUUCAACCAAUUGCUUGGCAGAGGUGCCUCCCUCAUGAAAGAAAUCACCAGUGUGAUCAUCAUCUUCUCAAGUUUGGUACCACAUGUCUGUAGUAGUACUUGCUCAAGUUAUAUGCUUAAAUAGAGAAGCUCUAGAUACCCUUUAAAAGUUUGAUGUAUAGCAUCUAUGGCACAGUUGCAAGUUAUGUCCUUAAUUUUGUUUAUGGAAUCAGAAUCCUAGAUGCUUUUAUAUGUCCUUGGGAAGAUGACAAUGAGUGUCAUAAAAAUGUUAUUAAAGGGGAGGGGUGGGUGAUCUGAGUAAGGAGUUAGAUGUGAACCCAGUCUUGCACAGAACAAGCUGGGGAAGAACUGCUAUCAAUCCUUAUGCUAUUUUAUUUCUAUUAUCUCUUUGUUUCCAGGGUAGUGUCAGUCACAAAAGAUAAGGAGGAAUAUAUAGACAGUCUUAAAAUAUAUUUUUAAAAAAGGAAUAAAGCUAAUCAUAAGGAGAUACAGCAGUGCCAUAUAUCCUGAGAGAUUGAAAUGUUAAGGGGUUUGGUUUUUAAUUGAAAUUUACUUUUUUAUGAUUUCAGAUCAAAAUAUUUUGGAAUUACAUAUUAGCUGAGAUACAUUUAUGUAUUACAUAUUACUUGUUUAAUUGGAACUUCAUCAUUCUGAACAUCAUUCUGAAUAUGUCAUCAGUAACAUCUCAACCCCUCUGAUUCCAAACAAGGUGGAACAAGUAUGGGUUUGUUACUUCUGCCCAAUUUUUAUUUGGAUAAUUAGAAGGAGCCAGUUCUUUGGAGAGUGCAAGCUAUAAAGGCCAGCUCUGAUAAGAGUCUGUCAGUUCUUACAGGUUUUUUUAACUACUUUUUGAAUGCUGAAGAGUGAAAAAAUAACAGGAAAAUGUCUUGGCCACACAUACCUACACAGAAUGUUUUUGUGCAUACAGAAAAUGUAAAUGAACCAGUUCCGUACAUUUGGGACAUACUGUGUAGUAUUGUGGCACAAAGCACUUUCCUUAGUUGAUAAGGAUAAGAGUCUCCCCGUUUCUUGUUAUCAAUUUUUCCUCCCCCCCCCCCAUCUUGUACUGAAAGGAUGCUUGCUGGUCUCAUCUUGAUACAGUUGCAAUAUUGAGAUGCUGGUCUGGUGGGAGGUCACUGUUUUACCCUUACCAACCAUAGCCAUCCGGGGAGCAAAUGAAACUGCUUGUAUAGAAUUUCUGCAAGAGUUGUGGGGCAUCUAACCAAACGUGCACUAAUCUAGCCCCUUAUGUUAGUUUGCAGCGCUUUUCUUGGGAGAUAUUACCUGGAAGCAAAGAGAACCUAAUAGUUCCUACUUCUUUCAAAAGUUUUAUUGUCUGGCCAUCUUCCUAGCAUUCAAGUGUGUGCAAAUUUUUGCUGGAAAUUAGUUUUUUUUUAAAUUGCUUUUCCUUUUCCUUUGGAAGAACGCACAGCAGAAAAUCCUGUGCCUUGUCUAAGCACUGCCCAAAGCACUGCCUGUCAUAUUUCUAUGAGUCCAGUACUUUGCCAAGAGAUAAGUGUUCCUUAAGCAAAGACAAAAUGAACCAAGAAGGAAAGUAAAUUGUCUCUUGAUUCGACCCUUUAAGCCCAAAUCCUUCUACCUGAUUGAUUGGUCAUUGAAUUUCAUCCUGAGUUCAAAGUAGACUGAUGAAGAUUCCUUUUCCAUAGCUGUUCUUUUCCAGGGUUGCUGUAAAGAGGGCUUGUAUGCUGGGCUCAGCAAACUGCCAUUAUCUGGAAUAAAAAAAAAAAAGCCCACCCAUGUUCCAUCCUCUGAAUUGCAAAUAAGGCCCUGAGUCAUUCUCGCCCUCCUUCCUCCUUCCAGACACAUCACUUCAUUCCUUUCACCUGAACUAUAUAAAUUGGGAGGACUUGGGGAGUGGAGCUCCAUUUCUUGUUGUGCAACCUAUCAGAUAAGGGGAAGGGCGCCCCUUUUCAUUUCAUUCUGUUCAAAACAUUGCAAUGCUUCGAGGUCAUUUUUCUAUUUUAAAUACUUGCAAAAACAAAAUGGGGGGGUAGGCGCCUGCGUGAAUAUUUGUGAAUUAUUUGGGGGAGGGAAUACUGAUUUUAUUUUUAUGUUUGGGUGGUUUUUUUAAUUGAAACAAUUUUUGGAAGAAGAAGAAACUCACUCCAACUAUCUGUAAUUGACAGAUUGCAGUGAGCUAUCUGACCUACAUUUUUAUCCAUUGUUUUCCUUUUUUCUGUCUAGUUUCCUCAGGGGACAGGGGAUAAUUAUAUAAAUAUUAUGCAAAAAAUAUAUAGUUUUCUUUAGAUCAGAAACGUAUAUUUUUAAGUCAGCCAUAUGUAUUUUGUUUAAAAGAAACAAAGCUGUGAGUUACGUAACUGCAGUGGAAUGUAGUCACAUGGCUGGCAGUGGAAAAUGAAUGUUUGGUCAGACUCUUGUCAGCUUCCUUUCUCUAAACAGCCAUCUUUGUAAUAAAGUCAGUUGUGUUAUACAAAACUGUUUUUUAUAUAAAUUAUGUUGAUAUGGCAAGUUGCUUAAAGUAUAAGUGUUUUACAGUGCAUACAUUUUUAAAUGUAAAAUAGUUGAGUUUUUCCUAAUUUAGUUUUUGGUUAUAAAAUUAGCUGAAGUUGACUGGCUGAAGUUAUUCAAAACCUGUAGCAUAUGCUGCCAUGAGAGAGGAUCUAAGAUGAAAGCAAGGAGUCCACUUUGCAGAUUUAUGGAUGCGCACCCUCGCCCAUUGGCCGCCUUGCUGGUUCCGUUAAUACUUUUGAUCCUCUGUCUAGAGAAACAGAAGGAUUUCUCCUUCCUUAUGUCAAAAUAAUUGAACAGUUCUGUCCAAAGUUGACUACAUCAGCCAUCUGAGAAAAGGCAAGUAAACCCAAUUCAGCAAAGAUCAGCUCUUCAGUACAAAGUGCACACUUUAUUUUAUUUUAUGUUAUGUUAUUUUAUUUUUACCCUAUGCAGCAUUCUUCUGGAUGUAGCUAACAUCCAAAUAAAGUGGUUCCUGCACACAACUCCACUUAUAAGUGUAGUCUAUCCUUACUGGGUGGGAGUGGUGUUAGAUUAUAAUUUCUUACAACAGUAAGUAUGCCGUUAGAAACAAAACUAUAUUUGCAGGAAGCAAAUAAUAAUGGGAGGGAGAAAUAAUUCAAGAUUGUGCCAUGCCAGAUGGAAGAUGAGGUAGUAUCCUCUUGUGUACAUUAUUAUGCUUGGGAUUAUUUAUUUAAAAAAGGAAAUGGGCCCUAGAGCAGUUUUUCAUCUGUUUCUUAAUAAUAGGAAUAUAUUCUUUUUGUUAAACAAAUUGGCACAUUGGUACCAAAGACAUUACAUUGUUUCCUACGUGCAGUGAAAAAAAAUCCAUUUUCAGGAGCUAAAACUGUGCAGUUGGUUCUUUUUAUUCUAUUGCCACAGGGAUCUAGUUUAAUUUUUUAAAGUUUUGUGCAAUACGUUUUAGGAAAAUAUUAUUUUAAAAGGCAUUUCUAAGAGGAAAACAAAUCUAAUUGUAAUUUUAGCCAUGGGCAAUCUAAAUGAAGAUUUAUACCAUAACCAUGUUUUAGGGUAAUAUUUGAGCAGUAGUAUAAAACACUUGAGUGUUCAUUUAGACUUUUGAUCUAAGGACCAACACAAACACCCAUUAUAACGGGGCUGCAAGCAAGUCCACUAAAGGUCUCCAAUAAUUCCAAUUCAAUGACCGUAUUUUUUAAAAAGUGUUCUUUAAUGGAUCAGUAUUUGCUGAGCACUCCUAGUUCAGCAUUUUUAUCUGACCUACAAUUGAUGAGAUUACAACAAUUAUUGGGAUUGUUAUAACCCUAAGAACAGGCACAGCUUUAAAAAAUACAGGAAGGCAAUUACAGUUUCUAGAUGUGUCAUGGAAGUCUUUUAUGAAUGAGCUUCACCAGAUUCUAUAGUCUUUACGAGGGUCGUCUUGAUGGAGGAUUUACCACUCUGCCACUAAAGGAAAUAAAUAAAACUCUCACUUCAGCCCAUGAUGCUUUUAGAAUUGCUUCAAUGUGACAACCAAUAUCGCUGCACACUAAUACUCUAUUCUACUUAACUUUUUGUUGUGC